AUUACACCACCUCCCUCACUGUCGGACCCACUUAAGGAACUAUUUAAACAACAGGAGGUUGUAAGGAUGAAACUACGUUUACAGCACAGUAUUGAAAGGGAGAAGCUCAUUGUUUCUAACGAACAAGAAGUUCUACGUGUUCAUUAUCGAGCAGCAAGAACUCUAGCUAAUCAAACACUACCGUUCAGUGCCUGCACUGUUCUGCUGGAUGCCGAGGUUUAUAAUGUGCCUCUGGAUGCUCAGGCUGAUGACAGCAAAACAUCAGUGAGGGAUCGGUUUAAUGCACGACAGUUUAUGUCGUGGUUACAGGACGUUGAUGACAAGUUUGACAAAUUAAAGACGUGCCUUUUGAUGAGGCAGCAGCAUGAAGCAGCAGCUUUAAAUGCGGUACAGAGACUGGAGUGGCAGCUUAAACUACAAGAACUUGAUCCUGCUACGUACAAAUCUAUCAGCAUUUAUGAAAUUCAGGAGUUUUACGUCCCUCUUGUUGAUGUUAAUGAUGACUUUGAAUUGACGCCAAUAUGACAAAUAGCAUCUUCUGGCGCACCCUUUCCCUUGGACAACUAAAAUUGAGGUGCAGUGAUACACAAAGGUAUUUUUCUUUUAAGACAGAGCACUUAAUUCCGUGGAAUACUACCUUUCUCAAUAAUUCAGGUGUUCCUUCAGAGAAGUGUGGCACGAGCUCUUGUUCAAACACAGAAGAUGAUGCUAAUUUUAAAGUCAGUUUCCCAGUAAACGCCAUUAUCUGUAUUUUAAAGCUGCCUAUAGCUUUAGAGCUUAUUGCUGAAAAAGAUGACAAAACAUGGUGAGUUAACAGCGCUGGAAGCUGUUAAUAACUAAAACAGCCACCAGAAAACAAAUGAUACUUAAAAUCUGCUAUAAAGCUUUGUAUUAUGAAAC